AUGAAUCACAGUGCCUUGCGACACAUUGAGUUCAUCCUGCAAGGUGUCCCUAAUGGCGAUGGGCAUGACCUUGUGAUAUUCAUCUCCUUUCUCUUGGUGUAUAUCAUCAUCAUUACAGCCAACCUGACCAUCAUUUUCCUGGUUAAGACUGAGCCCAAUCUCCAAGGUCCCAUGUAUUACCUACUCUGCAUUCUCAGCGGCAUUGACAUCAUGCUCAGUAGUGUGACCAUCCCCAAGAUUUUGGCCAUGUAUUCACUUCAAUCCAAGGUUAUAUCCCUGGAGGCAUGUGUCACCCAGAUGUUUUUUGUCUACUGUAUAGCGUUAAGUGAAUCAACACUUCUGGUGGCUAUGGCCUACGACCGAUAUGUGGCCAUUUGCCAGCCCUUUAACUAUCACAAGCUGAAGCUCCGUUAUGUUCUGUCCGCGGUGGCCCUGAUUAUUUUCCUCCGAGCCAUGUGCUUUGUUGCAGUGGCAGCCUUACUGACCCAAGCCACCUUCUGUGGCUCCAACUUUAUCCAGAAUUGUUACUGCAAUUAUGGCUCUCUCUCCAAACUGGCCUGUCAAGGCGUGACAGCAAGUGAUGCCAUCACCUACCCUCUGUCCUUCCUCAUCACCCUGCCGGACAGCUCCCUCAUCAUCUUCUCCUACAUCAAAAUUUUCAAAGUGGCCUUCCACACUGGCCAGGGAGAGGCCCGCAGCAAAGCGCUCAACACCUGUACCAGUCACUGCUGCAUCCUGAUGCUGUUCUACACCAGCGCUCUCUUCGAAUUCACCAUGUAUCUGGUCCCCAGCAUCUUCACUUCUGAACUGCACUUUGUGGUGGCUCUCACCUUCGCCAUCUUCCAGCCCAUCUUCAACCCCAUCAUCUACGGUGUGAGGACAAAGGAAAUCCGGAAUAGCUUCCUCAAGCUGCUGGGAAGGAGGAGAGUUACGGACAGAUCAUGA